CACACUGCCCACCUUACAAAACACUGACAGCAUCUGCGCUUCAUCUCCUAUAAGCCCAGGUUUCAGCGCCGCACUCUCUCCUUUUGCGCAAGCCCGCUUUGAUUCUUCGACUCGCGAGUUGACCAUCCACGACGCGCCUGUCCCCAAACAGCGCGUUCCUUUGUUCUCCCAGUCUUGUUACUGUUCCAGUCGCGCCUCCAUCACAGAGACCACUGCCCCCGCUACUUGUUAGCCCUCACAUCGUCUGCCCGACACCAGCGCGCCUUUGCACCAACGCCCGCUCAACCCAAGUAUUACCACUCCUCAACCACUCAUCACCAUGUCUUCAAACAAGAUGGAGCAGAGCCUCGACGACAUCCUCAAGGCCUCCAAGACCUCUCGCCGUGGCCGCAGCAGUCGCCGCUCUGGCGCCGGACGCCCAGCCGCCGCUCCAGCUCCUGUUGGCGGUGUUGCAAAGUCUACCAAGCAAGGCAAGCCCGCCAAGGCUGCGCCCGCCGCACCCGCCGCCAUCCUGGCCGGCGAGACCAAGAUCAUGGUAUCCAACUUGCCAAGGGACAUUGACCAAGUCCAACUCCAGGAUUACUUUGCUUCAGCAAUCAACGUAGGCCGACCAAAGAAGGUUCUCCUCCAGUAUGAUGCUGCUGGCCGUAGCGUUGGCAGUGCAACCAUCAUUUUCAACAAGCAUGAGCAGGCUGCCAAGGCUACUGCUGCUCUGGACGGGGUCAAGAUUGAUGGACGCCCUGUUCGCGUUGAGAUGCUUGUCAGCCCUAGCGCAAUCCCGGCUGCUGCACGCCCAGCUUCCCUCGCCGAUCGCGUUACCCAACCAAAGAAGGAUAAGCCCAAGCCCGCCACUACGGAAAAGGCUGCCGCCGGUGCCACUCGUGGACGUGGACAGACCCGUGGACGCGGAAAGGGUCGUGGCGGUCGUGACGCACGCCCAAAGAAGAAGACUGUCGAGGAACUGGAUGCUGAGAUGGCCGACUACUUCCCUGGAGGUGAGACCAGCAACGCUGCCAGUGGCGCUGAGGUCGCCCAGGUUACCGCCGGCGGUGACACUGCCAUGGACGAUGAGAUGCUCUAAACGCCAUUUGUAUCGGCAUUUCUCCCAACACCCCCAUUACUCUGUUAUGAUUUAAUUGAACAUCGGUUGAAACUUGGUCGGCUUUUCCGGUAGUCUGUCUGGCUUUACAUUUUCUUUUCUUGGGAGCGUCAUCAUUUGGAAAAUAUCAUACCACGAUUAGUCGGUUCGCUGUCAGUUCGAGUUCAGCGGUAUAUUCAAUUCGACUUUUGCACACUGCUCAUGGACAUUUCGUUUUCGGCUCUCAAAUUGUACUAUUAUGAGCCUGGGUAGCGACAAUGAAGAAUGGUCAUGCUUGUACA